AUAAUUAAAAAAAAAUAAAAAUAGAGCCGCCCCUGAUUUAUUUAUUAGCUGGGCUUUAUUACGUAAUGAAUUUCUAUCUCUCUUUCAGGCUUGUGUUCCUCUUUCCUUCCGUGGUUUUUUCUUCAAUAUUUCCCGUCUUUCCUUCGUCUUCUUAUUCGUUACUGGUUUUGAAGACUUGAAGGGUUUCGAGUGUUUCUCAGAUCUGGAUUUUUCAUCGUCGCGGAGCAACUCAACAGAUCUUUAGCCUUCUAUUGUAUGGUUGGAAAGCUGGUUUCUGUGGGAAACAUUGCAAAUUAAAUCAUAUACUGAAAGGACUUUGUGAUUAUGAAGUUCCAUACAAACAAAAUGAGAUUGGAUCCUAGCCCUAUUAAAUUGGCGAAGGGUUAAUGAAGCUUGAUGAUCUAUUCACUAGGAGCACAAGAAGCUCCAGGGAACUCUUUACAUCAGUAUUAAGCAGUCUUAUCAAAGGUUUCUUUCCUAGAGACGUUAUAAGAUAUAUUUGGUAAAGUAAACUUCUUCGAAAGAUUUUGUAAAUCUUUGUUCUGGGAUAUAGUAAAAAUGGACAGAUCAGAUACAUCAGGCUUUGUAAGUGGUGGAGGCUGUAUAUUGGAAUAUGUUUUUCUGGCCAUAAAGUUCUGGUAGUUAUGUGAAUCUUGUAGUAGUAUGUGGUGAACUGUUCUGCAACUUCAACCUACUGUAGCUGUAGUGCACAACAUCUGGAUAAUGGAUUUGAACCAGGAAGUUAUGCUGUCUCCUCAUGAUGCUGAACUUAGGAAAAAUGACAACUUUGGUGAUACUACAUUGUGCCUAAAUGGCAUUGGCUUUGGAGAAUCAAAUAAGACUAGUUAUAGAUGUACUCAGAGCAAUCUUGGGGUGAAGUUUUCCAAUGCUUCUGAUGAUGGCUGCAGAUUGGUUCUGGGAUUGGGCCCCACCCCAAUGGCAUAUGGCGAUGACUAUAACAAUGUGGGGUUUAAUAUGAAGAAAAAGUCAGCCAACCUUUUUACUCAGCACAUGCCAUCUGAAUGUGAAUCAAUCCUUCAACUUGGUCUUUCUGGUGUAACAAAUGAGGCAUCAAGCGUGCUGGACUACUACUCAGGUUCAACUGAGAAUGAUGUGAAUAUGUCAUGUUUCUCAAGCCAAACAUCUGUAGAAAAUUAUUAUUCAAGGAUUCCUGUUGUGGAUGAGGGUUCUACCUCAGCAAAGAAAUCAGGUGGGUAUAUGCCAUCACUUCUUUUAGCUCCAAGAAUGGAUAAUGAUAAAAGUUUAGUGCAGACACAAGAACUAGUUCUUGGGGCUAAACCUCAAUUGUGCCCAGAACCAUCCAAUGCUGCAAAUUACUCACUUGAUGUUGCAUCGGGGCCCCAGGCCACUGGGAUAACUUCAGAGAACCGAGCAAGCAAUCCUAAGAGAUGCAGGUUUUUUGGCUGUACAAAGGGAGCUCGAGGUGCUUCAGGGCUUUGUAUUGGUCAUGGGGGUGGACAGAGAUGUCAGAAACCAGGAUGCAACAAGGGUGCUGAGAGUCGGACUGCUUAUUGUAAGGCCCAUGGUGGAGGGAAGAGGUGCCAAUACUUAGGAUGUACUAAAAGUGCUGAGGGGAAGACGGAUUAUUGCAUAGCACAUGGUGGGGGUAGGCGAUGUGGGUAUCCAGGUGGGUGCACAAAAGCUGCACGAGGUAAGUCAGGACUUUGCAUUAGACAUGGAGGGGGUAAGAGGUGUAGAAUAGAAGGCUGCACCCGGAGUGCUGAAGGACAGGCUGGGUUGUGCAUCUCUCAUGGGGGUGGACGGCGUUGUCAGUACCAAGGAUGUACCAAGGGUGCCCAAGGGAGCACUAUGUUUUGCAAGGCACAUGGUGGUGGGAAGCGGUGCUCGUUUGCAGGGUGUACCAAAGGUGCUGAAGGAAGCACCCCACUGUGCAAGGCACAUGGUGGGGGUAAGCGUUGCCUUUUCAAUGGCGGUGGCAUUUGCCCUAAAAGUGUACAUGGAGGCACAAACUUCUGUGUUGCUCAUGGUGGUGGAAAGAGGUGUGCUGUGGCAGGUUGCACUAAGAGUGCCCGUGGCCGUACUGACUGUUGUGUUAGGCAUGGUGGGGGAAAGCGGUGCAAGUUUGAAGGCUGUGGGAAGAGUGCUCAGGGGAGCACAGAUUUCUGCAAGGCCCAUGGUGGAGGAAAGCGAUGUAGUUGGGGAGAUGGAAAGUGUGAGAAAUUUGCCAGGGGAAAGAGUGGGCUCUGUGCUGCUCACAGCAGCUUGGUGCAAGAGCGGGAAAUGAACAAGGGAAGUCUGAUUGCACCGGGACUUUUCCGUGGUCUUGUACCUGCUACUUCCACUGCCUGUAGCAGUUUUGAGAACAAUUCUUCCUCAGGCGUCAGUGUUGUGUCUGACUCCUACGAUUCUAUGGAAACACCAGCAAAAAGACAGCACCUUAUACCCAAGGAGGUGUUAGUUCCGCUCUCAAUGAAAUCACCAUCUUAUUCAAACUUCUUGCCUGCCAAGAAGUCAGGCCAAGACAGAAACUGCCAAAGCUCGGCUGCUGGCUGCAGUGGUGCUCGGAAAGGCCACAACUUCAGUCUGCCGGAGGGCAGGGUCCAUGGUGGCGACCUCAUGUUGUAUUUUGGAGGGAAUCUCCAAAAUGCACUUGAUGGUAUCUGAAAUGGGAGGGAGCUGGUGACUCAAGUUGUAGAUUCACUUUAGGAAUUAGGAGGGACCAUGUCAAUCAUGGACUUGUGCAUAAGGGUUUGUGCUGCUGCUUGUUCAAUAACUUGUGUAUAGUUGGGUGUUGAUUAUUAGCCAUUAGGCUCUUAUUGUUUGUAGUGUUUCGUCAGUAUGAUGGCUUUCAUUCUUCAAUGUAAGGUGGCAACGUUAAAAGCCCAUAGCCAUAAACAGCAUCGUUCUCUGGCAGUGGAUUGUUGCAUUUAAAUCAUUGUAUUCUUAAAUCUGUACUUUUAUUUUGUUUCUUAAUAACGCGAUGAAAACUGAGAGCCA